UCGGUGUUACUAAAAUUGCGUCUUCAUCUUUCUCUCUCUGUCCCAAAACCAUCUCUUUCUUUCUUCUUGGAUUUUCUUCACAACAAUUCCACAGCCCCAAUUCAUUUCUCAAAAAUCCAUUGAUUAAUCCUCAAAUUUCACAAACCACCGCCCUUUUCCUGUGCAAGAUUCUUCCUUUUCCCCCAAUUUCUUCCUCUCCCAUCGAAAUCCCCCCUUUUCCACUUCAAUUCAGAUUCAAUUUCCCCCAAUUUGAAUCCAUGAAGGUUCACCCGGCGCCGCGGAAGCGCAACAUUACGCUGCGAUACGACGUCGCAUCGAUCCUCGCCCAAUCCGACGGCUGCCGGCAGAAGAAGCUGCGGCGCCUCCCUCACAUCUUCGCCAAGGUGUUAGAGCUCCCCUUCCACUCCGACGCCGACGUCUCGAUCGAGGACACGCCGCUGUCGAUCCGAUUCACCGCCGCCACCGACGACAUCAGCGGCGACGUCAGGGCGGAGGCCGUCGCGAUCUACCCCGGCGUCACGAAGAUCGUCGUGAGGGGAGACGGCGUCGUCGAUGUCUCCGGGACGGAAUUCGAGCUCGAUCUGUGGCGGUUCCGCCUGUCGCCAUCCACGCGCCCCGAGCUUGUGUCCGCCGCCUACGAGGACGGCGAGCUGGUGGUGACCGUGCCGAAGGGGGAGGACGAGGAAGACGGCGGCGGCGGCGGGGAUUUGGGGAAUCGGAGGAGGCUUGUACUUGUACAGUAACCUAAUUUUCCCCCUCUUUCUCUUAGCUCCAAUUUCAAUUUCGAAGAAUGUUUAUUUCGUGAUUCACGACGCAAUUUCAAUUUAACUUUUGAUCAAUCUCAACCUGGUUUAGAUGUUAGUUAAGCUAGCUAGGUUUUGUUGAGAACAGAAAUUGGGGGAAAAAUAAGUUUAAUCUUGAAUUCAAUUUUACUUCAA